AUGAUUGACAACAAAUUGGUUUAUCUUAAAAAUUUAGAAGAAAAAGUGCGAUUAAUCAAGCCCAUUACAGAGUUGAUUUCAAACAAAACUCAGCACAUCAAUGAAGUGAAUAAAGCGAAUGGUGUUUUUGAACAAAUUACUCAUAGUGAAAAUCCAUUUCCAGAUUGUUUACCUUUAGAAUAUGCACAAAUAUGGCGAGAUUCGGAUAAAUUAAAACAAGAAUUCAAAUAUCAAUCAUGUCAAUUAAAUCGAUACUACGAGUGUAUCGUCCGUCUCUACAUUGACAAAUAUCAUUUUCAAGGCAAAGAUGUGAGCUGUAGAAAAAGUGAUUUAUUCAAACUUUUGGAAAAUUAUAAUUUGGAUAAAUUAAUUGAUUAUUUUAAACAAGAACCGUCUAUAUGAAACAUUUUUGUAGUUUCUUUUUUUCUAACAAUUUGCUUAUAUGCUUUUAAACAU